UGGAGGUCUCUGGACUACCAAAGUGCAAGAAAACGAGGACCUGUUCGAGGAGUAUCUCGUACUUCUGGGGGCAUCCAUUGUCGCUGGAAUGUUUUGGGAAAGGACAACGACCUUUUAGAGCUCAUGUUCAUCAUACAUCAAAGUUUCAAGGACAGUCAUGUCAAUAUGUAGAUGACUGUUAUUCCUCCUCAUUGAUAUCUUCAUUUCUGAACUUUGGUGCACCUAAACCUCGGGAUUAUUGCUUCAGCUUCUUACAAUAUAAAGCUUCACCACCUCCAGGAUGAGAAGAAGUCCUGUUCCAGCUUCAAAUGGAUUCUACAAGCGAGGAUGAUGACUGGAGGUAAUUGUUUGCUAAGUGUAGUGGCUGUGUGUCUAACAUCUUCUCGGAGGCUGCAUCUGAGCUUAUUUGGGGCCAAAUAGAAAAAUGGGACAGUGGUGUUCAUCAAGUGAUGACUGGGCUGUUAUUUGUGCUGUGGAGAGAGAGCCAAACAUGGCCACGCUUCCCGGUUUCCUCCUGCCUUCUGACCCAUUUUCCAGACUCUGAGGCGUCUGCGAGGGCACUCCAGCCGACACCAUGGACCUGCGCGGCGGCAACGUGUCCGAGUUGAUUUCUCAGUCUGUCACGGCCGGCAGCCUUGAGCUGCUGGAGCCCGACCCGCAGCCCCCACGUGGAUACCAGGAAGGCCCAAACAACGUGAGUCACGCUGGAUGUUCCAGUACGGGCACUGACGCUCACGCGGGGAACUGGUCAGGCGCCGGAGUGGUUUACAGCGAAGGCGGCGGCAGGUUUUACGGGUGCGCGCCCCAGGAUGCAGAGGGGGGCAAGAACUGGGCAGCACUUUUGAUCAUAGUGGUGAUUGCCGUCACCGUGAUGGGCAACAUCCUGGUCAUCCUGGCUGUCUCCCUGGAGAAGAAGCUCCAGAAUGCCACCAACUACUUCCUGAUGUCCCUGGCGGUUGCAGACAUGCUCCUCGGCAUGUUGGUCAUGCCGGUAUCCAUGGUGACCAUCCUCUAUGAUUACGGCUGGCCUUUGCCGUCUGACCUUUGCCCCGUGUGGAUCUACCUGGACGUGUUGUUCUCCACAGCGUCCAUCAUGCACCUGUGUGCCAUCUCUCUGGACCGAUACAUCGCCAUACGCAACCCCAUCCAUCACAGUCGCUUCAACUCACACACCAAGGCUCGCGUCAAGAUCAUGGCGGUGUGGACCAUCUCAGCUGGCAUCUCCACGCCCAUCCCCGUGAUCGGCCUGCGAGACCACGCCAAGGUGUUCAAAAAUGGCAGCUGCUUGUUGACGGACAACAACUUUGUGCUGGUGGGCUCCUUCGUGGCCUUCUUCAUCCCGCUCACCAUCAUGGUGGUCACCUACUUCCUGACCAUCAAGGCCCUGCAGAAUGAAGCCACCAUGUGCUUGGACCAGCUGGUGCCACGGCCCAAAUGGGGCACCGCGUUCACCUUGAGCUUCUUCCCACAAACCUCGCUGUCCUCUGAGAAGCUCUUCAGGCGCUCCAUCAGCAGGGAGGCGGGCAGUAGAGGGAGUGGCGGUGGCCUGUCGGGUGGACGAGGGAGCGUCUCCGGGUCUUUGUUUGGCCGCCGCACCAUGCAGUCCAUCAGCAACGAACAGAAGGCUUCCAAGGUCCUCGGAGUGGUGUUUGUCCUCUUUGUGGUCAUGUGGUGUCCCUUCUUCAUCACCAACGUGCUGGUGGUGGCGUGUGACCCGGCAGACUGCGACGCCGCUCUCAUGGGAGGCCUGCUCAACGUUUUUGUGUGGGUGGGUUACCUGUCCUCUGCAGUCAACCCGCUGGUCUACACGUUGUUUAACAAGACGUACCGCGCAGCCUUCCUGCGCUACAUACGCUGCCAGUACGCGCCCAAGAAGAAGCCUCUCCACCUCAUACUGGUGAACACUAUCCCACCGCUCGCUUACACCUCCAUCGGCAAAUUACGCAAUGGAGCCACGUGCUCUUUCGGGGAGAUGAAGGAAUUCUCCUUACCCGGACAGGAGGAAGAACCUCGUAGGAACCUUGACAGUAAAAAGGCAGAAAAAGACGAGAGUCGUGUGUGAGGAGAAGUUUUUUCAUGCCAACUAUGGACAGCGGUUCUUGUCCCAACUGUUCCAUUAUGAGACCAAGCAGACCUCAGUCUUUAGUCUUUAGGUCGUAGCAUGGCUAUUCAACCAUCUUCUACCACCUAACCUCCAUCAAUAAUGCAUCUUACGUGCACUAACUAAUAACAGCGGUCUAACAGAGGUCUAAUGCAGCGGUCCCAACCUUUUUGGACCAGCAUAUCUCCGGACAUGGGCGGUUGUACAUCUAAUUGAUCUUAUUUAUUAUGGAUUGCGUGACACUAACACAGGAACAAAUCAUCAAAUUAAAAGCACAACAUGAAUGCAGACCCUCCAUGCACCAGUACGAAUAGAAGGCUGCUGUUUGAUGUGUGUGGAAACGGGCGGCCUGGUAGCAGGAAUUCUCUUCAAGUUCAAGUUGACAGAACAAUCCUGCACUCGGCAACGUCAUCAAACCUUCCCUUUAUGCAUCCCACAGCGUCGUCAGCAUUUGGGAGCACAUAGGAAGUGAAAGAAAAAGGGUAAAAAUACAGUAUAGUAGUGUGGGAGAAGGCUAGCACACGUUCAAUGGUGCGUUCAAGGACCAUCAAAGUGGGACGGCUCGCCGCUUGCAACAUAUAACAUAAACAUGCAAAAUCUUUGCGAUUUCUGACUAUAUUAUUUUUUUUUAUAAAAUAAUGGCCCGUGUUUCCAAGGUUGAUAUGCUUUUACAUCAAAUUUGAUGUAGUUAUUUAAAAAUGUAUUUUUUUGUGUUUUUUUUAUUUUCUUUUCUUUUUUAAUCAUUGCGCCUGAAAGUUUGCCCUGGUCCAGUACCAGUCCGUAGGUGUGGCCACCACAGGCCUGGUUGUUGGCGACCCCUGGUCUAAUGUAUACUCGUGCAGGCAGAAAUCGACUUCUGAAACUGAUUAAUUAAUCACAGUUAAUCCAAAUCAUUAAAUGUAUGUUGUGUGACAGUCUGGCUUGGUCUAGUCUUGGAAUGCAGAGCAUGCAUAAUGACAUUUAUUUUAUGCAGGCCUGUCACGAUACAUUUUGCUGGUCAAUUAUCGUCGAUAGUGGAUAUUAUUGGCAACAAUUUUUUUUACCAUUUUUUUCAUUGUCAUGAGAGGUGUCAUUCACAUUUGAACCACUAGAUGGUACACAAGCAUAGUGUACCUGUAGCUUGUAGCCAACGACGCUGUCUGUGAGUGCGCACUAUUUUGCACUGUUUUGUUUAUAUUUACCGACCAAACGCCUCAGUAAGUGUUGACUUUCGGGACAAAGGCUCCAUUGCCCUGAGCACCUGACCUAACCCAAAAACCAGCUGGUUACGUGGAGGUGUUGCGGACACUUGUGCUGUGUCUCAAAUGAAGUAUACUGUGUACUGUGUACCUGAGUGUGUGCAGAUUUUGACAGUGUAGUACUGUACCAAAUCAACUGCUCAUAAAAUAUUUCCCAGGUUUUUUCCCCCCCACGUCUAGAAUGUACAAUAGGUGACUUUUUCUGGUUUGCAUGCACCCCCUGCGGCAUCGCUUCACUCUUUGUAGUCUCCAUCUUGGAUACGUAGCGGAAGGAGUGGGACUAACGUCAAAUAAUGGCGGCUGGGGAGCAACCCGUAGCGGUGGAAAGUGGGCUAAAUUGCGAUCAUCGCAUUUCCGGUAAGUGCGCAAAAAUAGUAAUGGAUUUGGGACAUUACUACACGGUCAAAAUCCACGCCUUCAAAAACAAUGUACACAGUACAUAGUAGACUUACUGAAGUUUACUGACGCAAGUAUUCCAUUUGAGAUGCAGCCUAAGUGUCCCAUCACUGCGCCCUCACAACCUUUUGGCCGCUUUGAGCGCAACAUUCAGUGUACUGCAUUUUGCCCUACUUCUCUGUGUGAAAGCGCUCAAAAGACUAAGCAUGAGUACACAGUGCUGUCCACUGAGACACAGUGCUGGACUUGGACAGAGCUCAGGUGAUGUCCUCAAAAGGGAAGGAAAAGCUGUUUGAACACAGCAUGGAAGACUUGACAUGUGUGUAAAUAUGUAGAAAUAACCUAUAUUUGUAUUUUGUGCAAAGCCAUGUGAACAAAUGUCGAAAUGAGUAUGUGUCUUUUCCAGGGGUGAGAGAAAUGAGAUGAGCAUAAAAUGAACAUCAAAGUCUAACAUUGAUAUUGUGUUGUCAUCUAAAGGAGUUUUCCACAGGAACGUUCCAGAACCAUCUUUGCUCUCCACAAAGGUCAAACGUGUGAAAUAUUCUUUAGAAAUGUGCUCAUGAGGAUCUGCUGCGUCACAUUAGAGCAGGGGUCACCAACGUGGUGCCCGCGGGCACCAGGUAGCCCCCACGACCACAUGAGGUGCCCGCAAGCCUGCUUUUCAUUCAGGUGUCCAGUUAAUAAUGAAAGAACAGUAGAAAGAAAUGCAUUGUGAAAUACAACAUGUGAGUUGUGGACACCAGCAUUUUGUUCAUGUUCUGGUAAAACAAGAAUAUUCGCUUUGUUUGGCUUUAAAAUAAGCUCUGAAAAGAAAUGUUACAAAAAUGAGUAGCUCUUGGCCAUUUUCAUUUUGUAAAAGUAGCUCUCACAAGGACAAACGUCGGUGACCCCUGGACUAGAGCGUCAUGGAUGAAGAGGAAAAGUGUAAACAUUGAGUCCAAUCAUCCUUUGUCAAAUGUCAAUACAGUGUUCCUUUGCUCUACCCCCGAUUCACUGUUUUGCUGAAUUUUUUUAGAGCUUCUUUUUUUUUUAUUACAUAGCAUAGCGAAAUUGAGAGCCAGUAGUAUCCACUACUUCGUCUGUCCCGUUGCAGGGCUGGAGGCGUUGUAAGUGAUGCUGAGAUGAGCGAGGCGUCGUGUUACUCCACCAGAUAAAUUGCGUUUUUUGUGUUAGCUGCUACAAUAACAAUAUCGCUGUAGCUAGGUUAAUAUACAUGUCACUUAUGGAAAUGGAACACUGUUGCCGUUUUGUUGAGAGGUUUCUGUUAGGGCUUUAGCAUCAAAAUAGCUACCUCCCAUGAUGUGCAUUGUAACUCGUUUUCUCUCAUUAGAACGCACAGAUGAACAAUAAAUGCACUGUCGACAUAAACGACACUCACUGCUGGUCCCACUGUAUCUUAAAAACGUUAAAAUAUCAAUCAGCCAAAAUCGGUGUGCAGCGGCAACCCCUACCUGUGUGUUGUGUCACAUAAGUUUGCCAACACCCGUACUGAGCCCACAAGAGAUGCACUUUGUCCCGUAUUACCACUAGUCGGUAAAACCUCAAAGGUUUCAGUGUGACAGCCAAUCCAUGCCAGCACUCACUUAUCAAACCUGUUGCUGUUGGACUUUUCUUGCAUCUUUGUUUACACGCUUUGCCUCGAGCCGUCACUGGCUGCAGCUAGCUAGCUAGCUAGAGACUCCCACUGAUCUGUAUAAUAUAUCUGGAUAGCUCAUACGUCGCACGCCGCAGUGCAAAAUGCUGAAGCCAAAGAGACGCCAUCUUACCACUCACAUCGACUACAUUGGCACAGCGUACAUAGUGUACAAAGCAGAUGAAGAGGCUAACAGAACAUCUAUAUUUGACAUUAAAAAGCGGGGAGAUUCUCCCAUUCCUUCAAGUAACGCAACCUUCGUCCCUUAAAGACCAUUUGAUACGUUAUUCUCUAUCUUUUUGCUAUAUUAAAUGUACUUUUCCCCUUCCAAUUCUCAUUGCCUUUGGGACAAAAUUCUACUGUGCACCCUGGCUCAGCACUCCCCUAUAGCAAUGAUAGUUUUACUCCUCUAGAAAGAGAUUUUCAUUUGAACUGCAUAUCCCAUCCCUUUUUUCCACUAAAAUCCAUGGUCAUGAUCCUUUACUUUUUAUUCUUACUUUCAUACAAUUCACUAUGCUCUCGUCUGUACAAAAUAUGAACCAUAAAAGAGACAAGUUUUAAAAUCAUUUCACAUUUUGAUGAUUUUUUUGUUUGUGUUAUGAAAUAGAAAUAAGCUCUUUUCUGAUAUAGAAAUAUAUUUGAACAAAAACCACAGGAAUAAUAUGUAAUAUAAUAUGUAAUAAUAUAUAAACAUUGUCUCCAUAUGGGGGUUCAUUUGAAAUUCGGGUAAACAACAACAAAAAAAACGUAUUUUUUUAUAUUUGCAAGCAACCGCAAAUGAUUUAGUAGUCUAGUGGUGGUUGUUUGUUUACAUAGCCCCCACGGCCCCCCAUGUAAAGCCCUUAUGACUCAGGUAUGGUAUGAUAUGGACAGAAUGUUUAAAAAUGAUCAUAGAGUACUUAUGACUAAGCUCAAGCACACCUGUUGUGAGAGGUUAGUGUGAAGACUAACCUUGCAUUUAGUGUGAGUGCCUAACAAGCUAACAACACAUUUAACAACUCACAAGUUCCCACAUAAGUCAUUGUCCGACAAGUGUUUCUUGUGAGUGGCAAUAUGGCGGCCGUGUGGCUUCAUAAGUCAUCGCCAAUGAGCUAUCCAGAUAUAUAAUACAGAUCAGUGGGAGACUCCAGAAGUGACUUUUUACCACAAUGACAUUUUGUUUUUAAAGCAAACAAGCAAUGCGUUUGGUUUGGAUCUUGGUUUUGUCACACGUGGAAGUGGAUAUCAAGCUCAUGCGGUACGUACUAACUUGUUCAAGUGUCACUCAACAAUUCUGCUCUCUUGUCGUCAUUAUACUAAUUCUGUCUUAUGUCAAACACGACUGUAGUUGGGGGAGGUUGGUCAAGGAACAUAAACACUUACAGUGGUGUCUAAAAGUGUUUGCACACUUCCUGAUUUCUUAUUGUUUUUGCAUGCCUGUCACACUUAAAUGAUUCAGAUCAUUCAUGUCAUUUAGUCAAUGACAACACCACUGAACACAAAAUGCAGUUUUUACAUGAAAUUGUAUUAUUAUGGGAGAAAACAAUCCAAGCCUACUUGGCCCUGUGUGAAAAAGCUGAUUAUUACUAUCAACUUUGCUUUUUUCCCCAUUUUAGUUUUUUUUUUUCUUCAUACUAUUAUGACUUUAUUUCCAUAAUAUCGCUUUUUCCCUUACCUAAUUUUUUAUAAAUUUCAACAACUUUAUUUUGUUUUGUUUGUCAUAGUUUUACAUUUUAUUUCAACUCUAUGCUACUAAAAUGACAUGAUUUUUCCUCAAAAUAUUUUGAAUCUCUACUUGUAAAAUUGCAACAUUUUUCUUAAUAAAAUAUGACUUUUUUUCUCUUAAUAUUUUGACUUUAUUCUCAUAAAAUUGGAGCUGAUUUUUCCAUUUCUGGUGGGUUUUUUUCCAACCAUUUCAACUUUCUGUAAAAGUUCUCCUCAUAAUUAUGGCUUUAUUUCCAUAACAUAACUUUUUCCAUAAUGGAAAUAGUUUUUGUUUUCAGCGGAGCUAAAGACCUACCUCACAGUCACCACUCCUCUGCUCUCGCCACAUCACGGACAUCUGUUUUGUUCUGUGCCGGUUUCUCCAUCGUGAUCCAAUUCUAUCUCAUGUCGACCAAGAGGAGAAGAAUGCCGAACUUGAGAUUUAUGGAGUAUUUUACAUACGUUUCUCUCUGAAAUGAGCAGGAUACGAGUCCUUUAAGAAUCAGCCUAAUGGAGUUAAUGAACAUUCUUGCAACAAGCCCGUGGCAGACAUGGAUGCAAACAUCGUGGAGGUGUAGACCACUUGACUGGCUGAGUAGGCGAGGUAAUGAGUUUUAUUGUGAAGGAAAUUACGAGAGGCUCCUUAUCAGCUUAGCAAGAUUAGGAAGCAGCCAUCCUCUGGCUUUCCAAAUGCUAAAUCUUUAAAUGUCAUCCUGCACCUGCUGCCUCCCCCGAACACAAACACUCCAUCUUUGCCAUUGAAAUCAUCCUUCUUCCAUUCAUUAGAAUGCGCCAAUUGCUCCACGUAAACAUCACUGAUAUACCCAACUGAUUAACACGGGGGUGUCCAAAGUGCAGCCUGUGUGACACUACCACAUGACCUCGACGACAAUGAACGGCGAAUCAGAGCUGACGUUAACGUGGGACAGGGGAAUGAUCCGGCCAGCAGUGCAGGACAUGCGGAGGAGAGCACAACCGUGCAUCCCAAGAAAUAGAGCUCAUGUUGAGGACUAAGUUGACAUCCAUCACCCCAGUGCAAAUAGCAUGAAACAAAGGGUUCAUCUGAGUAUCGCAGCGCAGAAUUCUCAAACAUUCUCAUUUUGCAUCACAGUUUUUGUUCAAUUUUAACCCUUUCAUUUUUUGGGAAAACGAGCCUGUGUUGCCCGGUUAAUCAAUAAUCCCAACCUACAGCUGAUUCAGUUUAAAAUCCUUCAUAGAGUACACUACACAGGACAUAGAAUGUUUAGAAUGGGUUUAACUGACUCUAACAUCUGUACACACUGCUCAGACCAUAGAAUAGAUGACUACUUACACUCCAUGUGGACCUGUGCUCCCAUUAACAAUUUUUGGCACCGAGUGUGUGAGUACCUACAGUAUCUUUGGCACUUG